AUGACGACAACGACGACGACGCGCGCGGCAGCUUUGAUGAGCACCACUCGCGCCUGUUUGUUCCUUCGCAAGUCUUCUUCGAAAACAACGACGAGAACGAGUGGAAAAUGCACAUCGCUCUUAAAGGGGAGGACUAAUCUUCCAUUUCAACGAGGAGGAGGAGGACAACGACGACGCGGGAGUGCGCGAGGAGGAGUGCGCGGGAGUGCGUCGUCGUCAGCUGCGACGACCGCUGAUGUUGUUCGUAAUAAUAAUACUAACAAUAACAACAGAGUGAACAUUCAACCAUCGUCAGAUGCGAGGAAAAUCCACCUCCCGACGUUUGUCGCCUUGUUAGUGGACGUCGCUGAGGACGGGUGCGAUAUCAUUCGAGAGGUGACAUCGAGAGGCGAUUUGGCGGUUAAAGACAAAGGCGGGAGCGAAACGUUGGAUAAAAAGUACAUCAUGGACGCGCAAACGGAAGCGGACAGACAGGUGGAGAUUAUGGCGUUGAGACGAAUUACGACGUUCGCGGGCGGGAGGUUGCGCGUCGUCGGCGAGGAAUCGUACGAAAACGCGUUAGAAGGCGAGGCGGAGUGCGACGACUCGACGUGUUUUGCCUCGUUCGAUGAGGAAGAGGAGAUGAUGAGGAAAGAAGAAGGGAACCAUUACGUAGAUAAAGAUAUCUUAAAAGAAGUUUUGGAGGCGAAAUGGCCGCCGGCGAUUGCGUCCGGGGAGAUUGACAUUUCCAGAGUGAACGUGUACGUAGAUCCUUUAGACGGAACGAACGAAUACGCGAACGGGGAAAGACCGGCAGUGACGGUCUUACUUGGUGUCGCCGUAGAUGGUGUCCCAGUAGCUGGGAUUAUCGGGCAACCGUUUUUUGGUUGGAACGCGAACGUUAACGAUUCGAAACAUUUAGAAAAUUUGGGCAGAGUCGUCUGGGGCGGCCCCGGCGCCGGGUGUAAAGGUCUUCGAGUGGACGAGACGCAAAAAAAACUCGUAAUGCCUCCAACAGGGCCGCACGUUGUUUGCUUGAACAGAAACAUACGCGACGAGCGCCAAGCACCGGUCAUGGAACAAACAAAAUCGGAAGUCGCCGUCUUAGUUUCCGCGACUGGGUACCACUAUUUGUGUUUGCUGGAAGGCAGAGCGCACUCGGCGAUGCUGUUACGGAAAGCGAGUAAAAAAUGGGACACGUGCGCCGGAGAGGCGCUGUUAAGAUCCGUCGGCGGUGCAGUCACCGAUACCGUUGGUCGACGAUAUAAUUACGAUUGCGACAUGCCGGGCGUCCCGAACGUCUGCGGCAUGGCGGCGUCGAUCGAUAUCGAUUUACACUUGGAGCUCACGCACUCGAUCAUCCAGAAAGAAAUCGAAAAGUUGGAAAGUUUGUACCCUUACGACGUGGAGUGUUCGUCGAUUAAACAACCGAUUUUAAAAGAAGCGUACAGAAAGAAUGUCGCGUUUAAAGCCUUAUCAGUGGAUGCCGGUGGUGUUCUCGUCACGCCGGCCAGAGCGGUCCACGACGUCUACGCCGAUCACGCCAAAACGUACGGCUUUUCCGACGUCACGCCCGAAUCUGCCAAGAAAGCGUUUAAAAGCGUCUUUUCCACGCCUCUGAGCGAAAACGAAUUGCGGUACGUCGGCGACGGACGCGAAUCGUUUUGGAAAAAAUGCGUCUUUGCCGCACUAAACGUCGACGCGUCUAACGAAGACUCUUUAAAACGAGGCAACGAGUGUCUCGACGCGCUCAUGAAAUUUUACGAACAACCCGAAAAUUGGGCCGUCGCCCCAGGUGCCAUCGAUGCCUUCCGUCGCUUGCGCUCGCGAGGCAUCAAAGUCGUCGUCACCAGCAACUGGGACGACCGCUUACCGAACAUCUUAGAAAAAUUAAACAUCAUCGACGAAGUCGACGCGGUCUACUGCUCCGCCGUCGGCGGUUUCGAGAAACCUCACCCGAACGCGUUCAAACGCUCCUUAGCCGCCAUCGAUAUCACCGACAAAAAUGACUUCAAAAGCGUCGUACACGUCGGCGAUUCCGACGUCAACGACAUCUUCGGCGCCCAAAACGUCGGCAUCGGUUACGCUAUCAAAUGGGGCGGCGACCGAGAGAACGCUCGCGUAACCCCGGCGUUUGAUUUCCAAGAGUUGGCGGAUGAAAUGAUUGCCAGCGCGUACGCUUUUGCAGACGAUUCGAAGACCACUCGGCGGUACUUUUUUUAA